AAAAUGCAGCGCCAGCCAUUCUGUCUGUUCAGUUCUGUUGAGGUGGAAUCCAUUUCCUGUGCCCGUUUGGUUGUGGCAGCAGCCUUGGUUCUUCUUUCCUCUUGUAUUGGUCUCGUUUGUUGGGGUGAAUUCGUAUGGGUGGAAAUUGUACCGUAUUUAGUCAUUUCGGUUUUUGUUUUUGAUCCUUUUUUGUAUAUUAUCUUCAUAUUUUUGAAAUCCUCGUGCAGGAGCAGAACGAUUACUUGGAGUAUCAAUAACUAGCCUCCUCCAUUACCAGUUCCAGUAUUUUAUUAUAGAGGAAGUUAGUUGUGGAUGGUGAGAGAAACGAAGAGGGAAGAAGCAAGAUAACGAACAGAAGUGGUGUGUGUGUGUUUUUUAUUUAUUUAUUUAUUUAUUGCUUUAGUUGCUGUUGCGGUAUCUUGGAUGUGUCGGAGGAGUGAGACGUACAAGUAGACGUAGAUCGAAGGGAGAGGAACGCGGCAUGCCUCAACUGAUCAACGACAUUACAUCGCACUAGGGAGGGUUCUGAUGUUGAGCGGGCAGGUUGCUGAAACGUAAUGCGAAUUUACAUCAGAGGUCGCUGAUUUGCAUCAGUGCUAGAGCUCGUACUGCUUCUUGAGGCCGGGCUCGGGGAAGGACGAGAAAGGCAAAGAGGAAGCGGGGGAGGGUGUGGGGAUGCUCUUAUGCCUCCGUUUUGUGUUGGUUUUUGUGUGUUGUGUGCUAGGGUUGAAAUCCAGGGGGACACUGGAGCAUCCUGGAGGCAUGUGAGGGGAGAAAUUGUGCGGGUGUUAUUGUGGUAGAGCGUGACAUGGGAUUGGAUGUGGAAGGUCCUGGAUGUCAAUGGGGUCGCACAUUGUUCAUCCCCCAUAGCCAGCUGUGGCGAUGGGAUAGUCAUUUUCUGGUGCACCCACGAGGCUUGAUCUGGGUGGAAUUCAGGGGUGCAGCUUCUUAGCUCUUUUCGUGAGCACUGGAGAUGGUAGUGGGAGGCCGUGGUUCUUUUUUCGCAUUUUCUGGCAACCCUGUUGCUUGAUCUUCUUACCGCUUUACGCACGGCACUACGUGUUCAGUACUAUUAUAGUUAUAUAGUUAUAUAUAUAUAUAUAUAUAUAUAUAUAUAGUUUUUUUUGGUGUGCGGGUUGCUUGUGUUCGUAAGAUCGACAAGCCGUACCGAUGUGGAAAUAGGCGACGAGUUCAAGAAGUGUAUAAUACCAGUGAGAGUUUUGAGGGGACUAGGCAUUGCUUGAGGUUGCCUGUCCUAGGGUACAUUACAAAAUUUUGGAGGUUUGUAUCAUUUAAUUAGGCGCUGCGGCUACCAACUUUGGAGAGCUACAAUUUUGGAGAAUCUUCGACACAAAUUGGACCAUUGUAUGAACCGGCAAGAGGUUCUUUGCUACAGUCUUGCGGCAACAGGCUGAGCUCUUCUAGUUUGGGGGGUGUCGAAGUGGCUAUAAUUGUCGUAUGAGCGAUCUAUUUGCCGUACUCGACUCUGAGUGAAACGGCAUCAGCUACAAAACAUGCAAUGGGCUUCGUCUGGGUUGAGGUGAGCGGUUAGUGGUCAGUGGUGAAGAUGGUAUAACAUGGAUAGGGCAGAAAUUGAUGUUGAUACAGCUCCCCAGGCUGUUGCGGGGCCAUGGAGAGCAUCUGUGUAUCAGCCUCGCAAGAGGACUGUGAAGGAGCUGCUUCUGCAUGCCCAGAAGAUUUCUGAGCCCAGGCCAUCGCCUGUGCUCACCGAUGGAGUUCGUAUGCAAGGUCCGGGUGUGAAGGAGGAAUGCCAUAAUUGUGGAAGUUCAGUUGCGGAAGAAGAGCUUCAGCAAUGUAGUGCUUGUGAUCGAGUAUUCCACCCGACUUGCUUGGACCCGCUUGUAAAUAUUAUUACACCCGAUGAAUAUUGGUGCUGUGGUCUGUGUGAUGAGCACUAUAGUAGGAGAGAGGAUGCCGAAGCUACAGACAAAACAUCCGGCGGCAGCAUGACAAGGAGUCAAGACACUUGUAAUCGGUGGAAUUCAACUGCGUCUGGUAGGAAGAGGUGGGGCACAAGCAUACAUGAGUUAAAGGAAUUUGUUCAGGAAAAGAAAGCUGGUCUUGUAGAUGGAAAGCUAUUUCCAGCAGCAUCCCAGAGCAGCAUUGAUCGCGUUACCUCUGAGGGAACAGGGGAGGUAAGCAGACGGAGUAAACGAGGUCGUCCACUCAAGAGCACUGGUCAUGACUUGCCUUCCAAACGUAGAGGGGCCGAUUCUCGAAUUUCCAAGGCUAAAUCUGAUGAUUUGAAUUCAUCUUCCAGUGUUCUAGAACAGGCAGGGGAUGCGGGAGAGCUGGCAGUAGAUUCUAGGCGGGACACUGUGAGAGUUACACGUAGUUUAAGCGUCUGCCUUCCUUCUAAUGCUGGAGCCACAUCUGGAGAAGUUCAUGAAGCGGUACCUUUCGAUGUGGUUCAUACUGAAAGCAACGAUGGAGACUUGCAGAACGUUGGAAGUAUAGCAGGUCCAGAAAAUUUAGACAAGGAGUCCCAGCUGAAAGGUGCCAAGUGGACCAAUUCAGACAAAGAUCUUCAGUUGAUUGCAACGAAGGACAUUUCCACAGAAUUAUGCUCGGAAGUAGCCCUGUUUCAUGGCAUAGGGAUGGGUAUGACUCAGGUGGUGACGUAUGGAAAACUGGAUAGAUUCCUCGAAGAAAACUCUGACCUCAGGAAAUCGUUUGUUUUUGCGAACGCCUCUUUUGCUUCCGACAAACCAGUGUUGGAGGAGUUGAAGCUGCAGAAUGUGGGGGUCGAUGCUCGAGAUAGGAAUUUCAGUGACCACUGGAAAACAUCAGCAACUAAGGUUGGCACAAUUUUAAAUGAGUCGUCCUCAACACUUUUGAGCUGCCCACGGAAUGUUGGAGAUCAGUCACUUGGAAACCUGGCGGAUCAGGAAGAGAAGGUUAUUGUCUUUGACCAGCAAGUGGUAAGGAAUUGUUCUGAAAAGGGAGAACAGAACGUAGCGACGACUCACGCUGGACAGGAGCCUGUUUUUGGUGAGAAUCCUCUAAGUCAUCCCUUUGAAUUUACAGGGAAGGCUACCUUGUCAAAUACCCUAGCGAGGGAAAUUGAACUACCAUUGGUGCAUUCUGCAGGGCCAAGCUCAUCAUCUGCUUCCUUGAGUAGUUCACCUUCCCUCUUAGUCAAGCGUCCCAUUUCAUCCUCUCCUUUGAGCAAUUUCUACCCUGCUUUAUUAGAUAUAUCCUCGGCAUCACUUGCCUCGCCAUUCGAGGGGUUCCAGUCACAAUCAAGGGAUGCCAUGACUUUUACCCCUCCAUUAACUUCGUCAUUUUUAAAGCCUGCUCUUGAGCGAAGUGGGAGCGAUGGAAAGGUUCCUUUAAUCGCUAAACAUCUCCUCCAGGCUUCUAGUUCAAGCCCUUCUACCUUCACUUCUUCACUCGAACCUGAGAAGAUUGUCUCGAAGGACUCUUCUCUGCAUUCUGCGUGUAAGGCACAAACUUUUGUUUCCCCGUCGCAGUCGCCAGCGAUCGACAACCCUUUGGUUACUGACGUUGAUGAUAUUUCCGUGUUAUCUAAUCUGGCUAUUGGUCUCACAGUACCUCCUCAACGAGCCCGUAAAGGGUCGCAAGCCUCUCCUCCUGUUCUAGAAGCCAAUAGGUGCGCGGCACAGCCAGCCCGCAAAUCUGAGGGCCAGACCGUGGACCUUUCUCAGUCGGGACACACUCUCCCUUCUCGUAUGGGGAAAGAGUUAAACAAGUCUUCCUCUAUGCGAGACCAGGGAUUUGGGAACACCGUUAUUCCUAAGCAAGCGGAGAACGGCAGUAGUACAUUGGAAGCUGAUGAACCUCUUUUUUGUAAAUCCAAGGAGUCAAUUUCAGAGGGCGACAAAGAUGAAUCACCAAGCAACCUUCUUGUGGAAGAUGUUAAGGUUUGUGAUACAUGCGGUAACACUGGUUACGAGGAACUCCUGGCUCUUUGCAGUUCCUGCAACGAAGGUGCCGAACACACGUAUUGUAUGCGGAUCCAGAUGGAUGGAUUACUUGAAGGAGAUUGGUUUUGCGAAAUGUGUCAAAUGAACCACAGGCACAAUGGACCAAAAUCUUUGGAGCGGUUCAUCGCUACUUCUAAGUCGCUGGGCCAUUCGAUCACCUUAGAAACCCGACCCAAACCUGUAUCUAUUCAGGGUAAUUCUCGGUCUCGACUUUCUGACCGUCUCAACCACAAGAAGCCUCGCCUUGAUCCAGUUAGGAAGUCACCCUCAAAGGCUCCUGUUGUGCAAAUGUCUGUCAAAAGAUUAGCAAGUGAUUCACUUCUCCCUUCUGUUUCUAGAAAGUUGCCACUAGAGAGUUCAACGCGUGCAACUUCUUCAACGGUGUCUCCAUCACCAACGCUUCAAACUCCAGCACCUUCAGCAAAAUCUUCGCUUACGCGCGAUAAUACUUUCAAGUCUGUUUCCGACACUGUUAAGGUGAAAUUUUUGGCACCAUUGACAGUUGCCAACUUUUCGUCUGGUUCACGAGCGAACGUGUCUAAAACUCCAACCGUGAUCUCACAGCCUCCAAAAGCAGUUCCAUCGGGACAAGCUAGCAACAGGAGCAGAUUCAUGUCACUAAGCAGCAUAUCUGAGUCAAGCACACCUUCAAAGACAACCAAUUUGAAUCCUUCUCAUGCUUCGUUGGCAGCUUCACCCACAUCGAUACUUCCAAAACCUUCGUCUGGUAAACUUCCGGCUGACUUAUCGAUACCCUGUAAGUCAUCAACUGUUAAAUUCUCUAGCGACUUCUCUUUUCUGUUAAAUUCAAACUCCAAUCAGGGGAAUGGAAUCAAAAGCUCUGGGCAGUCUAAGAGCAACAGAGGUAGUGGUGUUUCAGAUGGAUGUACCAUGCCACCUAUUGGUAAGGAACCUGUACCGUCUGCCACUAUAAUUCCAGGUUCAAAACUCAUGAGACUGGGUAGAAAUACCAGCAGCAGCGGGCUACCUGGAGAACCUCGACCCUUCCCUGUCACCCCUAGACCUCCAUUCGAGCAUGGAAAAGGUAUCCAACGUUUAGGGCAAGGGACUGGUGGCUCACAUGCGGCAGGAGCUGGAAUAACACCAAAUGCAAUGAAAGCUGGUGGUAACGAUAAUGCAUCAUCUAAGUCCGAACCUACCACUGGGAUUGGAUCUGCGGUUGUUGCAAGAGUGACAUCGGAACUUGCCUCUGUGCUCGUGUUGCCUGGGAAGGAUCCGAAGCCAAACAAUAGUAUACGGAGUGCCCCACGGUUAGGAAAUCCAAGGCCUGUGCAGUGUUUCUCAUGCAAGGUUGUUGGACAUACUGCUCAGGAGUGUCUGAAGAGUAAUUCAUUACCUUCGGAGCAGAAGGCUUUGACUGCAGUAUCCAUGUCUUCUGAAAACCGUCCCAAACCUUCCAAGAUUCCAACUUUUGUUGAUGUAGACAGAUCUACCCCUUCGUUGGGUGAACAAUACGAAAAUGUCAGCUUGGGAUCUGCUUCACAUCGUUUGCAAAUUCCAAUUGAUCCAGUGCCUGCGGGUUGCAGUUCGGAGCUAGAGAAGUCAAUUGCCCUUCAUCCUUCUCCAACACCGAGUGACCUCAUGCCCAGAACACCUAAUUUUAAGCUUCAGGACUCCUCUUUGAUUGGUUCUGGGAUUCCUUUCUUGUUUGAUAAUAUCUCGUUUCAGCAACUCGUUUCUGGGCAGACUCCUCGUGGUGUCUCAGCUGCAGCAAACAGGGACAUCCCGUGUGGGGCGGAACCUAAGGGGGGGAUUGGAGGUUGUAACGUGACGACACAAGACUGGGCUAAUCACAACGAAGGGCCUCCAGGUGUAGAGGUAGCACAGACGAUUUCAGCCUUACAAAUCAAUGCUACGCCUGCGGUAACAUCUGAGGGUGGUUUGGUAUCAAAUUCUUCGCAAGUCUCUGCUCUGAAAGGACCAACUGGAUAUACUAUGCAGCCCCUAGAAGCUGUUGCCAAAAGCUCGGUCCCCCCAGGUUUGCAGACAAGUCCUGCACCGUCCUUUCGGGGACAUCGGCCUCAUUGGAUGGUGGGGUUGCCUGUACACGCAGUGCAAGGCCCGCCACCUGGACAAGUUCCCACUUGCCCACCAUCUGGACUAGUCGUGUGCGGGCAAUCUGCACCAAUGCCAUACCUGGCCACCCAUCCUUCAUCACUCCUUUCGAUACAUGCUCCUCCUCUUCCCUCAGACUCAUCUUCAACGCCAGCUUCGAUUCCAGCUAUCCCAAGUUCGGCGAUUGCCUGGCGAGGUGCUUUCGAAGUUAACGAUGGACAGACGACAAUUUUGUUCGAUGAAGUGCGGGCUCAUGUUUCUACCAAAGCUGUUGCCAAGGUAUAUGAAGUUGCAUCGGCAUUGCCGCAACAACUUCGUUUAGAGCAAGUUCAGCGCUCACUGGACCUGGAGACGUGGCCACGCCAGUUCAUUCAACGACCUCCAACUGAUGGAAGCAUUGCUCUGUAUUUUUUUGCUGAUUUUGGUGAAAGUAUUGAUAGUAUUCAUCGGAAAUUGAUGGAUAACAUGGUUGCGCGGGAUCUCGUUCUGCGUGCUCAAGUGAAUGAUGCCGAACUUCUUAUCUUUCCAUCAAACAAACUUUCCGAACAGUUUCAGCGCUGGAAUAACCACAUGUUCCUGUGGGGCGUGUUUCGAGCUAAGAAGAAGGCAGCGACAGCAGUGUCAGUUCUAACAUCUGUGGUCAAGCAAGUACCUGGUAUUGAAACAUCUCUAAGUUCAUCCAGUUCUGUGCCAGGAGCAGCAUUCAAAUCCACCACAGUAUCGAAUGUGAAUUACUCAAGUUUAGGGGGUGAGAAUACUGGGGAGAUAGAUAUGGAAGUUGACAUGGAGGGAGGAAAGGGGUGUGGUGUUUCUGACAUAACUGUUAAAUGGCCUGAUAGUGCCAACCCUCCAUCUACACCUUUUUUGACUCGAAUACCAGCCAACAUCACAACAACACCCGCAGUUCCAGCAGCCACAGCAUCAGCAUUGCAGAAUCUUGCGUUAGAUACAGAAGCUGAUAGGAUUGAAGAUCUUUGUAUGCCUCCUGGAUUUGCCCCAAUUUUAGUCCUGCCUCCUAGUCCAGUGGCCCUGGAGACGCCCGGUUUACGGUCGAAUCUACCCCCUGGAUUCGGAAAGACGGAAGCACAGAAACAGGUUGACGUACGAAGCAGUACAGACACACCUGAGAUUGAAGAGUUGGGAGGCCUUAAAUUGAAGCGCGGUGUUUGCUCAGUGGAGGUUUUGAAGGACCCUAACAUGCAUGCAGCAUUACCUUUUCAUGCACCUAGUCUAAGGGAUAAUGAAAGCGGUCAACCCAGCUCGCGCCCCUCGACAAUCAAGCGAUCUCACGCUACAUCUUGUUCACUCAGUUUGCCUAAGGAUAAAGAAAGAGACUUAGGCAGGGGUAGGGUGUAUGAUAGGGAGAAGGAGCGAGAGAGGAGAGAUCGGCAUCUUAAGCAUGGGCAUGAUAGAUCUUGGGAGCGCGUUUGGGAGGAACAAAGAGAUAGAGAGCGUGACAGAGAUUAUGAGAAGGAUAGAAAUAGAUCACCAGCCUGGGAUAGGUACAGGUCGAAGGAAAGGGAUAGAGCAAGGCAAACAGAUAAAGAUAGGCCAAGAGGGACGGACAGAAUAAGGGAGAGAGAGAGGGGUCGAGAACGAGAUCGAGAGCGCUGGGGCGGAAGAGAAAGAGAAAGAGAGAGGGGAAGAGAUAGAUUUGCGGACUGUGUCAAAGAUAGGUCACAUAGACCUCGUGAUUACGACCAAGAACUAGACAGCAGAACUACUCGAUACAGGCGGUCUCGAUCUCGCUCAAGGUCGAGAAGUUCGGGAAAGGGGAAAGUAAGGUCACGAUCUCCUGCUGGAAAACGAAAGGUUCGGUCUCGAACGCCUGUGCUGCUGAGGAGUCGAUCCCCUUCGCCGUCACGAAGAUAUCUGGGCUAUCGGCAGCAAUCAUUAUCAAGUUCUGACUCCCCAGAUUCUCAGUCACUGGAGAUUUUGCAGGGUUCAGCAACUGUGGGAAGCAGAUUCUGUAAGAAAGGCGGUGAAAGUCUGCAACUGAAGAGGAGAAGCGCAUCCGACAAAGAAAUUGAUGAAAGCUUUCGAUCUGCAUCUCGAUGGAGGGCACGGCCAGUGAAUGACAGACGAUCAGGAAGUGCAGGGGCUAGCAAUUUCAAGACUGCUGACAAAAGUAACACGGCAGCAAUUUCUCGAUCAGUGACCCCAGUUCUGGAUAUGACCGAAGGCGUUAGUGAGGUCUUCUCAGCGGAAUGUGCUGCAGCAUCCACUUCUUUACCAGACCUUAACACGGAUACUGUGGAGUCUGGUCUCGGAUUCCAUGAUUUUUUGCCCGCAGAGGAGACUGAGCCAUCUAGGGAUCCUGAAGCGACCACUCCUGUUGCUGAACAGACCUUCUUCCCUGGCGCUCGUCCAGCAACCACUCCUCCCAGCCUCGCAAGGCUGAACUUCCGGCAUGUGCUUGAACCUGUUUCAGCAAGAGAAAGGUGGGGGUUUGCAGUGAGUGGCACACGCCCGGAAUAUUGCACAAGAUCUUCUGCGUAUCAGUAUCUUCACUCGUCUAGAUUAGACUCCAAUCCUGACCUAGAGCUCGCUUUGGGGGGUCGUGAAAGAACUCCAGAGCGAACAGUUCCUCUAGCCUUGUUUGCAGAUGGGCAUGCCAAUAACCCUGAUCUAGACUUCGCAUUGCAUGCCAAGUCCCCGAAUUUGAGUGCGGGUGUACCAAAAUGCCCGCACUUGCAGGGGGAUUCAGGGGUUGGUGGUGGAGUGGUGACUGCGUCUUUAUCGUUGAGUCUUGCUGCCCCGCAGUAUAGGAAGGAGGGCAAUUCGUGGGUUCAGGUUGAAGACCGCGGUGCGGUAGUCGCAGAUGAUGUGGACAUUGCACUUACUCUGUGACAUGGAAGACUGCGGUGCUGGCCGAUUGUGUAUAGUAGGUGAAAUAAGUGCCAAGAAGGUUAGCAAUCUGGGAGGUUUUUCAGCAAUUUGUAUCCUUUGUCCCCGCAAUGAUUCACAAUUUUGCAGAAUUGGGGCAGUAUAUUUGAUCAUCUGUAGAUAGCUUAUAGGAUAGAUAGAUAAUGCCGAAUUCAGAACACUUGGGACUGCGACCCUUGUGGGCGACUGACUCUAUCAUGUAUUUUACGAGCUGUGGUUUGCUGUCUUUUAAAGCAACGCCUUCGGAACCCUAGCAAAUUAUUGCGCUAUGCAUCAACAUUAUUAGACACUUCUGCAUUCAA